GGUGUUGGGGCGUCUGCGGGGGCUGGCUGGCUGUCCCCCGGAGCGUCUGUCUGUCCAUCAGGGCGUGUGUCUCUCAGUCCAUCCGGCUGUCCUUCGGGGUGUCCAUCUGUCCAUCCAGGUGUCUGUGUGUCUCUCGAGGUGUCCUUCAGGGUGUCUACCUGUCUGUCGCAGGGUCCAGCCGUCUCCCACCCCACUGGCCAUCACCUCCCUGAUGCCAUGUACACCGCGCUCCCCAAAAGUGGUUCCCCCUUCAGCCCUGCUGCCACCCUCCCGGGGCUGCACAUCUGGCGAGUGGAGAAGCUGAAGCCAGUGGAGGUCCCCAAGUCAAUGUGGGGUGUCUUCUUCUCGGCCUACCUGGUGCUGCACAACGGGCCGGAGGAGCAAGCCCACCUCCACCUCUGGAUAGGCCGGGAUUCCUCGCGGGAUGAGCAGGGUGCCUGCGCCCUCCUUUCCACCCAGCUGAAUGCGCUGCUGGGUGACCACCCCGUGACACACCGUGAGGUACAGGGCAACGAGUCCGACAUCUUCAUGGAGUACUUCCCCCACGGUGUCACCUACCAGGAGGGCGGUGUGGACUCGGCGUUCAAGUCCACCAACACCGGUGCCAGCCCCACGUACAAGCUCUACCAGGUGAAGGGCAAGAAGAACAUCCGGGCGAGUGAGCGGGACCUGAGCUGGGCCAGCUUCAACACCGGUGACUGCUUCAUCCUUGACCUGGGCAAGACCCUCUUUGUCUGGUGUGGGGCCAAGUGCAACAUGCUGGAGCGCAGCCGGGCGCAGGAGCUGGCCGCAGCCAUCAGGGACGGUGAGCGGGGUGGCAAGGCUCGCCUGGAGAUCGUGGUGGACAGCGAGGAGCCACCUGAGAUGCUCAAAGUGCUGGGCCCCAAGCCCACCCUGCAGGAGGGCAGCCCCGAGGAGGAUGUUGUGGCCGAUCAGAGAAACGCAAGGGCAGCCAUCCUCUACAAGGUGUCAGAUGCGACAGGGCACAUGGACCUGAGCCAGGUGGCCACCAGCAGCCCCUUCAGCCAGAGCCUGCUCUGCCCUGACGACUGCUUCGUGCUGGACAAUGGCGCUGGUGGGAAGGUCUACGUCUGGAAAGGGCGCAAGGCUAACGAGCAGGAGCGCCAGGCAGCCCUGAAAGUGGCCGAGGAGGUCAUCACCCGCAUGGGCCACUCGCCCCAGACACAGGUGGGUGCAGGUGGCCGGGGUGCCCAGGGGCUGGCACAGGCAAUGUCACCCAUCCUGGUCCCCAUCCCCUUCCUGUGCCUGUCCUGGCAGGUGGAGAUCCUGCCCCAGGGCCGCGAGACGACCCUCUUCAAGCAGUUCUUCACCAGCUGGAAGUGAGGGAGCAGGUGCCCACGGGGCCAGGGCCAGGCCCAGGGUGUCACCGGGCUUGUACUGGCUGUGCCAGCCCCCUGCCAACACUUGUGCCCUGCUCCACUGUCCCCGUGACCAUGCCAUCCCCACGCUGUGACAUCCCUGUGCCUGCCCGUCCCCAUGCCAUCCUCAAGGCCAUGCCAACCCCACACCAUUCCCAUGCCACCCCUCUGCCUUUCUCCACCCCAUGCCAAUGUCAUACCCAUCCCUUUGCCAUCUCCAUUCCCAUGCUCAUGCCACCCCCAAGCCCACACCAUCCCCAUUCCUGUGCCAUCCCCGAGCCAUCGCUAUCCCCGUGCCUUUGCCCACCCCAUGCCCCUUUCAGUCCCAUCCCGUCAUCCUCAUGUCCAUGCCAUCCUGAACUCCAUCCCCUUGACUGUACCAUCCCCAUCCCAGUGCCAUCCCGUGCCUUUGCCCACCCCAUGCCUGUUUCAUUCCCAUCUCCAUGCCAUCCCCAAGCCCCUGCCAUGCCCACACUGUGCCCACACAACUCUCCUCACCCUCACUGCUGCACCUCUGCUAUCUCCAUGCCCUCACCACCUUUCUGCUCAUGCCCACCCUAUGCCAUCUCCAUGCCCACCCCAUCCCAUGCCACCCCUGUGCCCCAUCAUCUCCACGCCCAUCCCAUGCCCACGCAUUCCCCCAUCCUGUGCCCAGGCCCUGGUGAAUAACAGGAUGAUGCCAAGUCCUGCCUCUCACUGCUCUGGGUGUGGUGCCAGCCCUGGGGACAGGGGGACGCAGCAGGAGGACACAGGUGGGGCAGGGCUAUGGCAGCAUGGGGGCCAUGGUAGUAGCAGGAAGAUGUCCCCACCACCCUGGCGAGAUGCCACCCCACAUGGCAUCCUGCAGGUGUCACAAGUGCACCAGGCCUCUGCCCCACGGGGUGAGGCACACUGCCCUACUAUGUCCCCACAGGCUGGCAGCACCCCUGGGCGCUGAGGUGACCAGAGAGCCCUGGUCCUUGUGUGAGCACCCACCUCCAGCACGGCUGGGAGAUGCCCCAUGGCACUCCCCUGGCUGCCAGCCCUGGGUCUGCAGCAUCUCCAUGUCCCCGGUGUCUCUAGGACCCCAGUGUCCUCACAUCCCCAAGUCCCUCACGUCCCCAAAUCCAGUGUCCCUGCAUCCCCAAGGACCCCUCAUCCUGGUGUCCCUGCAGCCUCCAUGUCCACGUACCCCCAAGUGUCCCCACCCCAGGUUAUCUCCACAGUCCCCAACAUCCCCAGUGUCCCCAAACCCAUCCUGCAGCCCCUCUAGACCCCCAGGGCCACCCAGACCCAGGACCCCGGCCCUGCCAGCUCAUUUCUGCCAGCUGCUGCCUCCAGCUGUUUUUCUGACUGACCCUCUCUUCCUCAUUAGACUCAAAUAAUCAGCACUGGGGCUAAUUAUUUAUCUAAUUAUCCCUGCCUUCGCAUCCUGCUCUGGAGCAUGAACCCGGGCACGAUGACCUGUUGUACAAACACAUGGUGAUUCCCACACGCGGCUCAGCUUCACCUUAUUAAAAGCCACCUUGUUA